AUCGCCUAAGCCUUGCUCCAUUAAAUAUGUCCACAACAUCAAAGGAAAGUAUGGGAAUACUCUGAAUUCUUAGUUUACCCGUUUUGAGAAGACUGGGGACUUCAUCAGUUAUAUGUAGUCAUUCCAGGACAAACCGCUUUUAACAAAUGGGAGAAAUCACCUUGGUAGUUCUUCCUAGGGUCUCAGACCCAGAUAUCGGCCCUGAUGCCGAACACCCUUCUGCGCCAUUAAAUGGGAGUCUACCCGCGGUACUAGACGAGGCCGACGAAGAACCCGCUGGCCUUAGCGGCAAUCCAUACAAUGCAGCUGCAAGAAAGCCGACCCCAGAAGAAAUGAUCUUGGAUGACAUGCACUUCCUGGCCAUGCUGGGUCAAGGAAGCUCUGGCAAAGUUGCUCUGAUCCAGAUGAAGAAGUCGAGAAAACUGUACGCCUGCAAAACCCUCAGGAAAGAAUUUGUCAGUAGGAAUAAUGAACAGGAGUCUGUGAGAAGAAAGAAGAGGAUAUUACUCAUGCUGGGGACAGAGUACAAACAUCCCUUUCUAUGUCAUCUAGUUGCCACAUUCCAGACAGAGACAAGGUUGUACUUUGUUAUGGAGUAUUUUGCUGGUGGCGACCUACUAUUCCACCUCCAAAACGGCCGGUUUAGUACACAGCAGGCAAUGUUCUACGCUGCCGAAUUGUGUCUAGCUUUAAAAUAUAUUCAUGGGAAUGGGAUUAUUCACCGAGAUGUAAAGGCUGAUAACGUGCUACUAGCAUUGGAUGGACAUAUCAAGCUCGCGGGCUUUGGUUGUUCUAAAGAUGAUAUAUGGUACGGAUCCACAACAACAUCGUUUUGCGGCAGCCUUGAAUUCAUGGCCCCUGAAAUGCUGCUUGAUAAAGCCUACGGCCGCUCUGUCGACUGGUGGGCUCUGGGAAUCUUACUAUACCAAAUGUUGUUAGCCCAGUCGCCAUUCUCUGGCGACGACGAAGACAAAAUCUACGAUGCGAUCCUUACAAGUGAACCUCAUUAUCCGAUCCACAUGUCACGGGAUGCAGUCUCAGUUCUGCAAAAGUUAUUGACGAGGGAUCCAGAACGAAGAUUGGGCAGUGGCCCAACUGAUGCUCAGGAAGUCAUGUCGCAUGUCUGGUUCGAGCCGGUAGAUUGGGAAGGUAUUUACAAUAAGAGGGUUACUCCACCCUUUAUGCCUACUGUAGAAAGUGAGAUGGAUACUUCUAAUUUUGAUUCCGCGUUCACGAUGCAGACUCCGAAGCUCGCCCCAGUGGAAAGUGCACUUACCAGCAGGAUGCAAGAAGAGUUUCGUGGUUUCUCGUUCAUGGCCAAUGAUAUAUAAACUAUACUAGAAAUUGGAAAUAUCUACCUUGCAAUCAACUAAAUUGCAAGCCUGUGUGUGGAAGAGCUGGACUGUAUUGAGUUUAUAGUUUUGUGUGAUUGUACUUGCCGUACGCUAUUAUUAUCAUCAUGUUUUAAUCCAAAACCCCCUUUCCCUUCUC